CUUGAUCAUGCCACGUUAGAACCCAAAAAAGUCACCGUUUUGGACCUUGCUUUGCAAAUUCAUUGGUACCAUAUCAUUGGGUUGGUACUGUACAUCUGGGCAUCAGUACAUCAGCACAGAUGUCAUGUAAUUCUUGCCAAUCUAAGGAAAAAUAAAUCUGGAAAAGUUGUAACCAUGAACCAUGUUGAGCCCAAUGGAGACUGGUUUGAGAGGGUGUCCUGUCCACAUUAUUUUGCGGAGCUGCUGAUUUAUAUAUCUAUCUCUUUUCUGUUUGGAUUGGGUCAUACAACAUGGUGGCUGGUGGUUAUGUUUGUGCUAUUCAACCAGUCAUUGGCUGCUAUUUUAUGUCAUGAAUUCUAUCAUGAGAAGUUUGACAAUUAUCCUGCUCACAGGAAAGCUUUCAUACCAUAUGUAUUUUAA